UUCAUUGUCUAGCGCUUGGAUUGGGGGUGUGAAUGCUACACCGACCUAGAGGUGGAGCCAGAGUGAUUUAAUGGCAGGAAGAAGGUGUGUCUCUCUCUUUUGCCGGUUUCUGCUUGCUGUUUGCAGCCGUCAUGAACUGGGGCCUAGGCAUGCCACCCUGCCUUGGAGCCAACUGAGUAUGGACUGAAACCUCCAAAAACUGUAAGAAAUAAACCUUUCCUUUCCCAACUAGGUGCAUUAAGUAUUUUGUCUCAGCGACGAGUUAAAAGUAACUAAGACUAUAUAUAUAUAUAUAUAUCCUCUGAUUUAAUUGGUCACCACUGAUGCUUCAUGUGGGCAAACCCAGUUGGUCAUGAUGAAAUUAGUAACUGAGGUGAUCUAAAAGUAAUUCACCCCCAUGGGUUUAGUUUACUGUCUGUGAGUGGCCGUGGUCUUCAUCACUGCUCUGCCUCCUUUUGAUACAAGGCUCUUGGACUUCCACUAGUGUUUCCAAGUAGCACUUCUGGGUUAGCUGCAUCUCAAUAGUUGGAGCAUUUGUUAGAUACUUAAAUUCCUGGGGCCUGUUUCAGCUACAUUCAAUCAUAUGAUUCCUGAGUGAGUGCUGGGAAUCUGUAUUAUAGUUACGCACACAACUGAUUCAGAUGUUUCUCUGAGAUUGGGAACCACAAAACAAGCUCUCAGAAGGUCCACUGAACAUUAGGAGACCUAUAUGGAAGAACCAAAGGCUGUGUAUGCAACACUAUGUACAGGACAUAGAGUUUAGAAUUUUCAGAGUUUGGAAAAUUGGCAUACCUUGGAAUAUUCUGCUCCCAAUUCCAGAUGCUUACGCUAUAAAAAAGGCCAAGAGGUUUCCUUAACAGAGAAACAGUAACGUAUAGAAUUAUAAAAGAGAAGCCUGUUUGGCACAUUUCAUAAAUGCUUUCUGUUAUAUUAAGCACAUGCAUUUUCUUCUGUCCAACGGUGGCUAAAUUUCAAAACAAAAUUAUUUUAAAGGGAGUAUCCCAAACUGUUUGCCCAUCAUAUGAAGCUCCGGACACACUCAAAUUCUUCACUUUUCUUAAUGUGUCAUGUAAAAGUUCAUUAAAUACUUAGUUUUAUAGAAGAAAAAUUUACAUUCGCAUGUCUUUAGUAACAUAGAGGAAAAUCAAAGCAACUGAACAACAGUCACUUGAACCACUUCAGUUUCCAUUUUCCCUAAUCUUGCUUCCUUUGUUGCUCAUAUUUAAUUUUUUUACUUUUGAUUUUCUUUUUCAUGAAUCUUAACUCUGUAAUUGAUGUUUCCCAUGCCCUCAAUGUUACUUUAGAUUUUUUGGGGGGUGAUUUUUUUUAAAAGCCCUAAUUCUUCUAGGAAGCCCAUGCUAUUGCAUUCUGUUGUUUACUGCCCAAAGAUGUCCACUAGACGGUUGCCUCUUUUGCAAGACAUGCUCAGUUGGCAAUGUGAGGAUCAGUCUUGUGGGACACGUACUGGAACUUCUAACGAAGGGCUCUGUAUGGAGGGUAUGGAAGGCGCUUCAGUCCGGUUCCCUUUGGCACAGACGGCUGCCUCUAGGACAAGGGAGCUGCGUGUAUGAAGGCUUCUGAGUGCUUUUCCGGCCAGGCUCUGCCCAGCUUGGGAUCCCUUCUCAUAACAUGUGUUUUGGUGUACUGCCCAGCUUCGCUUUUAGGUUUCCUAUUUCACAGUGAUGCAGGGCCUCUCAUCAUCUCUGAGUAUUGGAUUUCUGAUGUUACUUUUAAUGGAUUUGGAGUUUAGCUUCCUUUGUUUCUUGAUUUGCAUGCACAGUGCUGCCUUUGUCUUGUGGUCUUGACUCAGCUUCAAAGCUUUGACUGGGCAUCAAAGACACUGAAUCCUCAUUUCUUAGGCAUCAGAUUGCAGCAAUGCCAGCAGGUGAUUGAAGGUUACAAAGCCACUUCUGGGCCAGUUUUCUGUCUCUCGAAACUAUUAGAUAGAUUCUGCCAAGUCUUCCUUGAUAAUGGUUCUGAAUCUUAACAGCUCUUUGUAAGGCCUGUGAAAAUAUGGGUAUGCCCAAAGCGGGCAGUUGGUGUUUGUCUGAAGAGGAAAGGACAGUAAACUUUAAUAUUUGCUGAACUCUCCUGCACCACGAGAGGCAAAUUUUUAAAAGUUCCUCUGGGAAGCUUGGAAGUUCCAAGUGCUUUGGCCAACUUUGCUACUGAUGCUGCCUUGUGAGGAUCAAAUUUUCAUUUUCUCAAGCGGCUUAUUGAAACAAAAGCAGUUUAUUGAACUCUCAGUUAUCCAUGUAGGAGUUGUCUGUCAUUUGGAUAUACAGAGACCAGUGUGAUAACAAAUCAGUGUGGUCUAAUCAUAAAGCAUACCUUGACCCUGUCUCUAUGCAGCUCAAUAGUUUUAUAUUUAGGCAGAGGAACCCGGUUUUCCCCUCAGCUCAGAAAUAAAGUCUGGGGAUAUUCAACAAAGUCUAUACUAGGUAUAUCUGAUUACUUAAUAACUUGUACUUUUAUGCUGUUUCUGUCAUGCACUAGCAUAUUAUCAGGUUUUCCUAAAUUCUUUGCCCUACUUUGGUCAUCCUCAUCUAUCCAGUGAGUUUUGCAUAAUAGAAUCUUAAAAGCCUUUUAUAGCCACAAUCAUGGUAUGUAUUUGCAGCUCCACUACUUAUUCUAUAGCAAGAGAAAUCACUUUAUCUGUUGCCACAUUAUUCAAGAUGGCACUUUAAGCUUUUCUUUCUUUAUUUGUACUUAGAAUUGACUUUUCAAUAGUUUUGGCUUAUCUGUGUUCCAAAUCCUUGGUGAUUAGGCUAGUGAUUUAUAUCUGCAUAAAAUUUUUAAAAUGGCCAGGAGUUUAGCUUAGUGUGUGAAGUCAUGAGUUCAAUCCCUGGUACCAAAAAUAAAGAAAGAGAGAAAGAAAGAAAGAAAGAAAGAAAGAAAGAAAGAAAGAAAGAAAGAAAGAAAGAAAGAAAGAAAGAAAGAAAGAAAGAAAGAUGUUUUGUCCUUUAACAUGAAUGAAAAUGCCAUGUCUUUCAUGAACAUUAGUAACAAAAGGAAGAGCUAUGAUGAGAUGUAGAAAAAUCCAGAGAAUAUGGUAGAAAAGAGUUCUAGAUCUGAAAACUGGGGAAACCAGUGAUGUCAGCAUUGGGAUAGAAUAUUUAUGGCCAUGAGUAUAUGUAUUUCAGGUGCUUGGUUAUAUUUGACUUUUUGUGCGUACUAAAUAAGUGCAAGUCAUUCCCAGAAGUACCCCUUUCUUUGCAAAGGCAAAUAUAGGAGUGUGACAUUUGUCAUUGUGAUGGUAAACAAUCUAUAUUUUCAUUUUUUACAAAAGUCACUGGGCAACCAAGCCUAUAGGCUGCCAUAUUUUGCUUAGUCUACUGCAGGAGGAAAGUGACUAGCUCAUACAUAUUGGGGAUUAGGAGAAUCUGGUAGUUGGAAGUCAAAUCUCACCAGGAUGGUGGGUUAUUACAGUGAAGUGGUAGUACUCCAUAGGGAAAGGUUUACUUCACAGUGGUGUCAUUAUAUCCUAGAGCUGCUAAAAAAAAAAAAAAAAAAAAUGGUGAUAAGUAGAUUCUUUCCAAAGCCAGGAGCAUGAGCAGCAGGAAGUGACCUUAUAACAUGAAGCUGAAAAGAAUCAUCUCUUUGCUUGCUGAUGUUUGAAUGUGGGACAAGAAGGAAAGUCAGAGAAAGUGGGAAUUUGGGAAACUCAAAAUCUCUUAUUUCCUGAUUGUGAAUUUACAUGAAGGCAAAAAUUUCCUUUCGCAGAGAUCAUUCUCUUUGGUGUCUUUGACUUAUAUUCAUGGGGUUUAGUCUCCAAAUCAAACUCCUCGCUUUCUGAGCUAUAACCAGUUAACAGCAAACCCUUCUGCUGCGUGAGAAUUACCUUGGGAAAGCGCUGUGCUUUGGCUGCACUCUCAGCCUCUCUGGUCUUGGCUACCCUGUUGAUCCUCCAGCUGGUUGCUGGCUGCUGGCUGCCUUGAGUCCCUAAAAUUCAGUGCCAGGUUUUGAUUUCUGAAAAAGGAUUUUUCUAGGAUGCAUUGGUAACACUGGGGCUCAGGCAUGGCAGCAUAAAAUUGUCUAAUGGGUUUUUACUCUGAUAGUGUAGUGAAUGAGAUUUAAUGGGCUAUGAGAACCGCUCCAGUCCUAAAGUAAAAUGGAUUUUGAAGGCCCUACUCUAAUUCAUCCAUGCAAAAGGCUAUCUGAAAUUUAGUGUGGUAUCAGUUGUCAAGUUUUACAUAACAAAUAGCUUUGGCACUUUGUAGCUUUUAGCUAUAAAAAGCAGUAGUUUCCCUGACAGGAAUGCUUCAUUGCUUUGAUGUCAAAGGAUUAGAAGGUGAAUAAACUGUAAUUUCAGAAAUAAAUUCUCUUUAGUGAAUUUUUGAGUUCUCACAUUAAUUAAAUCUCAUUCCUACUUUUGUUAACAUCAUAGACUUGUCUUUAUUUUCUUUGCUUUUGCAGUGCUUUUUUAUGUGUUUACAAAGAUGUUUUUCUAAAUUGGCUUUGGUUAAUUUGUGGACUGAUGUAUUUACUUGUCCAAAUGAUUAGUUUUAGUGAUGAUAGUUGAAAUUCAUCUGUCUCAUUUCAAAUAAUUGGGAGAAACUGCUUUUUCACUUUUUAAAAAUAAUGAUUAUGACAUUAAAAAUUCAGACAGAUAAUUUUUGUUUUUGGCAACUUAAAAAAAAUUUUCCUUUCUUGGUGUUUAAUCUUUAGGAAAGCAAAGGGUACCAAAGGCUACCGCCUGCGCUUAGUUUGACUCUGGGUGGUAAAAUAAUACUCUAUCUUUUCCAGGCCCCUGAAUAAUCUGCUGCUAACAAGUGAGAUAAUUUUUGGUAGAAGAAUUGUAAUAUGUCAUUGUCUUACCAGAGAAAUGAGUUGCAGAUUCUGUCUGGGGAUCUGCUUCCAAAUACCUAUUAAAGCUCCUCCCAGCUUCCUCUGAACUUGGCACUAAUCCUACUUUGACAUUUCAAAGAGUUGGAGUGCUGCACAUCUCCAGCUAAGUAGACAGUAUGACAAAACCAGUAAAAUGGUAUAAAUAAAAAGUGCAAAAGACAGGGGUAGUCAUUUUAUGAUUGUUUUCAUUUAUUCCAUCAUUCUCAAGAAGUUAAUAAUUUUUUCAGGCUCUUUAGAAAGAACAAAAAACUUUAAAAGUUCUCUAUACCUUUUUGCAUAUUGGAUAUUUUCAAUAAUACAUUCAUAGGACUUACGUAAAAUAUGAGCUUGCAAGGAUUUUUUUUUCCGUACCUCAAAGGUCUGCUGUUUAAAAAUAGUGAGCUGUGAUCAAGAGUGUGGGAACUUUCAGGCUGUCCCAGGGAGAGGCCCUCGUGGGGAAAAUCAAGGCCUGUAGCCAACAGCCAGCAUCGAACGCUGCCAUGUGAGUGAGGUGCUCAGGAGCCAGAUGUCACAGCCCAAUCAGGCUUUCAGAUGACUGCAGCCCCAGAUGCUUUUUGAUGAUAGGUGCCAUUGAUGCCAGUACCUGAUGACAAGAAGGAGCUACCGUGUAAAGACGUAAAGAGGGAAGGAGUAGAGGAAUCAUGGGAAGGGUUUACUUCAAAGAAAAAGGUAGAGAAAGCCUUUAUAGGGCAGCUACUGAUCACAAUGUGGAUAAUACAACUGAAAUACUCAGGGAAUGGCUGAAAAACGUCCAGAGGCUCUAUCACUACGUGGAGUGGAGGCCCAUGGAUGAACCCGAGUCUUAUCCUGAUGAGAUUGGGCCAAAGCACUGGCCAAGCUCCCGGUUUGCCCAUGUCAUGAAACUACGACAGGCAGCCCUUCGAACUGCGAGGGAGAAAUGGUCAGACUACAUCCUGUUCAUAGAUGUUGACAACUUCCUGACUAAUACACAGACUCUCAGCCUACUGAUUGCAGAGAACAAAACCAUUGUGGCACCCAUGCUGGAGUCUCGGGGCCUGUACUCCAACUUCUGGUGUGGAAUCACACCUCAGGGCUUCUAUAAACGGACCCCAGACUACCUUCAGAUUAGAGAGUGGAAGAGGAUGGGCUGCUUUCCAGUCCCCAUGGUCCACUCCACCUUCCUAAUUGACCUCAGGAAGGAGGCCUCUGACAAGCUGACUUUCUACCCCCCACACCAGGACUACACCUGGACUUUUGAUGACAUCAUCGUCUUUGCCUUCUCCAGCAGGCAAGCAGGCAUCCAGAUGUACCUGUGCAACAGACAGCACUAUGGCUACCUGCCCAUCCCCCUGAGGCCCCACCAGACACUGCAGGAGGACAUCGAGAACCUCAUCCACGUGCAGAUAGAAGCAAUGAUUGACCGUCCUCCAAUGGAACCCUCCCAGUUUGUGUCAGUGGCCCCUAAGUAUCCAGACAAGAUGGGAUUUGAUGAGAUUUUCAUGAUUAACCUUAAACGCAGAAAAGACAGGCGGGACCGGAUGCUGCGCACACUCUACGAGCAAGAGAUCGAGGUCAAGAUUGUGGAGGCAGUGGAUGGGAAAGCACUCAACACAAGCCAGCUGAAGGCCUUGAACAUUGAAAUGCUGCCAGGUUAUCGAGAUCCCUACUCCUCCAGACCUUUAACCAGAGGUGAAAUCGGCUGCUUUCUUAGUCACUACUCUGUCUGGAAAGAGGUAAUUGACAGAGAACUCGAGAAGACUCUUGUUAUUGAGGAUGAUGUACGUUUUGAACAUCAGUUCAAGAAGAAGCUGAUGAAGCUGAUGGAUGACAUUGAUCGGGCUCAGCUGGACUGGGAAUUGAUUUACAUUGGCAGGAAGAGGAUGCAAGUAAAAGAGCCAGAGAAAGCAGUACCCAACGUAGUAAAUCUGGUCGAAGCUGACUAUUCCUAUUGGACCCUGGGCUACGUCAUCUCUCUGGAAGGAGCACAGAAACUAGUUGGAGCUAACCCUUUUGGGAAGAUGCUGCCCGUGGAUGAGUUUCUGCCAAUCAUGUACAACAAGCAUCCUGUAGCUGAGUACAAAGAGUAUUAUGAAUCCAGGGACUUGAAAGCCUUCUCUGCGGAACCCUUGCUCAUCUACCCCACGCACUACACAGGCCAGCCAGGCUACCUGAGUGAUACAGAGACCUCAACCAUCUGGGACAAUGAGACAGUGGCAACUGACUGGGACAGGACACAUGCCUGGAAGUCACGGAAGCAAGGUCACAUCCACAGCCAUGCCAAGAACACAGAGGCACUGCCAUCACCAUCGUCCCUGGACACUGUGCCCUCAAAGGACGAGCUCUAAAGGCUCCCUGAGACUGGGCCCACACUGGUGCCUCCCUGUUUGGGUUUUCUAAAGGGCUGUUUAUCUGUUUGUUCCAGAUUUUUUUAGUGGUCACAGUCAUCUGAAGUGGUCUGAUCUGAUUGAUCAAAUUAGUAUGUCUUUGGCAGGGGAGGAGGAAAGAGAAAUUAAACUCAAAUUUUCUACCGUGACUAAAAGAUAGGCUUUAUAGGAACUAGGAAGACCAGAUCCCCAAUUCUUCAGCUCACUGGCCGCCCGACAAUGCUGCCCACGUUAGGGUGGCAACAUGGCUCAGAAUCUUGUCCAAGAGACAGACUUGCCAAGCUCUCCUGUCCAUGAAUGGGCAGUCAAAAUAGCCAAGUUAACUGGGCCACAUUUAUUGGUCUGGAUUGUCUGUUUUAUGUGACAGAUGUGACUUUAAACUCCAAGCCAACAAGGCUACAUUUAUUGGUCUAGUUGGUUCACUUUGUAUGAUCUUGAAAACUUGUACAUGUAACAAGGGUUUUUUUUUUUUUUUUGAGUUAGAGAAUCAAACCAUUUAAAAUUACAUUAAUUGGGCUUUUUAUUUAAAGGAAUUCUGUCAUGAGCCUUAUCAUAAAGUGGAUUUUUUUUAAUUGUUAGCUCAGUCCCUGAUGGAGAUAUGGUAAUUGGGUCUGGCUGAGGCAUGGCCCUUGACCAUCGUGGCAACUGGACUCUCAUAAAGAUGUGCCCAGUUUUCCAGAGAGUGAGGGGCUUUUGUAGAUAUUUGAGGGGAAAAAGAACUCAACCAUUUGCCCUUUUUCACUGUGGCCUCUUGAGCCGGGAUGCUGUAUUUAUAAAGAUAGAUAAAUAUAAUAUAUACAGGGCAAGGGCAGGAGGGCAGUACUGCCCUGUCCUGGGGUUCACAUGCUACCAUAGCACCCCACACCCUCUGGCCAUCCCUUAGCCUGGGAACAAACUGCAGGUGUGAGUUUUAUGAGUUACUGUUAAUAGACAGACCACAUUUCAGGCCAGGAACUGUCCUUCCCCCAUUGUUCAUUAUAUUUCAAAUUAUUUAUUUUACAAAAUGUGGGGGAAGCAUUGUUGGUAGGAUGAGGCAGAAAAACAGAUGUUGCAAGCUUUCUGUGCACCCCAGGGAGGGGCCGGUGUCAACACAUUUGUUUCACCAUCUGAAUCUCCUGAAUUUCUCUGCAUGGCUCUUGCAAGGAGGCCUGUCUGGGGAUUCUAACCUUUGGAAAACAAAGUAUGUUGCACUUAAGGAGAGAGAAACUUUGGCCAGAAACAAUGGACUAGACCACAGAUUUAGGCCAACAAUCAGGGAAGCAAACUCAUGGAGCCAAAAUCCUAAGCAGACACCAUUUCUCAAAAGAUGUCCCUUGAAAUUCCUUUCUGCUUUAUUCAUAAUUGGUUUUAUGUAAAUUUCAGAUCACAUCCAGAUCCACCAUCUGGCGUCCUCAGAUAGCACAAUGGUUCGCCUCAACCAUCACCUUUCUUCCUGAUUUGUUGUUGAUAUUCUUCUCCACUGACUAAUAAGCCAGGAAAGCAGGGGUUGCCUGACUCCAGUUUUUACUGCUUGAACUAAAUUGUCAGAACUUGAUUGAAUUUUCUAGACACACAGGAAGAACACCAGGGAAGCUAGUGAAAAAUCCUCAGGUGGUUCCUAAGGCUUCCUGGGGUACUUGGUAUUUCGUCUGCAUAUUUGAGUGUGUGCAAGUGUGCUUGGUUUUAAUUAUUUUUUCAGUGGAGUGUCAAGUGGCUGGGGUGUCAGAAGUAGAGGAAGAUUGAGUUGAUUUUUGCGUUGUUUUGUUUAGCAGAGAACUUUUUCCCCUUUUCCCCCCAUCAGCUGGUCUGAUGAGUUUAAGAAUUUUCAUUCCUUAAUUAUAUUGGAUUUAAAUUCCAGAAUUUUAGACUAGGAUUGUUCUACUGUGAAUAAAGCUCUGGCUCUGUCAGUCCAAACUUUGCUUUUUCCCACUCAGGUCUGCAUCCCACGCAAUCAUCUUUUCUUGUGAACUUUGUAAACUGCAGAGCUAGUAUUUCUUUUACAAAAUCAUCUCUUCAGCAACCCAAAGGUUCUUUGACCUUUUUAUUUGUGUUGCCUCCCUUCUGCUUUUCAACUAAGACAUCUGACCUGUGUAGUUCCACACAAGACCAUCGGUACAGAGCCUUUGUCCCCCCCUAGUCCUGGCACCUGCUCCCUCUGUCUCAGAAGUAAAACCCUCUGGAUUCCUCUCAGGAUCCAAGGAGACUUCGGCAGUGCUGAUGCCCUUGUGUGUGGCUUGAAUGCCUGAAGUUUGCAGAGGACCUGCUGCAUGGGCCUCGCUUUGGGUUCCUUGAGUCUCCUGCAGAAACCCUAGAGUUCAGGAGCUGACGUCCCGUACCCUGCUUUGUCCAUUUUGCUGUGCUGUUUCAGGGUGUAAAAUUGAUAAAGUGUUUGCCUUUUGGAGCUCUUUGUGAAAAAUUAAAAAAAAAAAAAAACUUA